CUCCCUCCGCCGCUGAUUGAUUCGGGAACUUCAUCACAACGUGUGUGAGUGUGUGUGUGUUUGAUGUUGGCUGUUGUGGCUCAUGCACUGUCGCCGUUGUGUAAAGCCAAAGGGGGUUUCAGCAAGAUCACGGAUCACGGAUGCACCUCAGCUGAUUCUCUGCCGACCAUUUCCCAGCAGCAGCUCCAUCACACACCGCCGACAUUUUGGCUGUUUUAUCUAAAACCCAAACUAACCGUGCUGCACUUACACCCUCUAAAACCAUCAUCAUCAUAAUAAUCCUCCGCCUUCACCAGACUCGGAUCCUUCUGGCUGCUUUCCAGACGGUAAGUGGUGAUCCCGUGGAGAGUGUUUGUCCACGUUAAGCGCGAGUUUUUCCUCCGGCUGUGAGGGCGUUGUGUCGGUAUGUUUCCCCAUCAGGAGCGCAGUAAUGGCAGAGCAUAUGUCCCAGAGUGAGCUGGAUUACCCGUUCAAACUUCUGGAGUAUUUUAACGGCUUCAGGGUGUCCAAGGUAAACAUUUCAUAGUUUAUCUUCGGGGAGUGUCAGCCUGGUUUAAUGUGUGUAGACUCAGUUUUUCUCCACUAUAUGCAACCCACUGUGGCAUUUUUUACACCACUGUAAGUAUUUUAAAGGAACAGCUAUUUAAACCUACGAAUAUAAUAUGUUAUAUAUGUAUUAUACUAGACAGCAGUGCAUAAAAUAGAUCAAAUGAGUCCCAACUUAUAAAGAAACGCUAUCAAUCUGAAAUGGCCUUUCUGUAUACUGACUAGUUUGCUGUGUCCACAGCUUGCUGCAACUGAGACUAAACAUGCAAAAACAAUCCCAUUAGAGGCCAAUGACUGGAGGGAAGUUGUUCCUGAAAGUCUAUAGCAGCCACCCAGUGGAGAACAUUAACCUCCACACCUGACUUCAGUGUAGUCCACCAGGAACUGUUGAAGUAUUACAAACUGGACUAAGGUGAUAUUUUCAGCCUGUGAGCUGGGAGUAUUUGACCUGCUGCUCAGGUCCCAGGAGCCUUUGAGUGCCCAGCAUGUUGCUCAGGAGCUGGGCACCAGCUUGGAUGGGAUGGAGAGGCUGCUGGAUGCGCUGGUGGGCAUCGAGAUCCUGGAGGUCGAGAAGACAGAUGGAACAGCUUUGUACAGCAGCACCGACGUGGCAAAUCUUUAUCUAGCCAAAGGCAGCGCCAAAUCUCUCCAUGACAUGAUCAUCUACCAAUCCCAAACCAUCUACCCACUGUGGAACAACAUGGUGGAUGCUGUCAGGGAGGGGAAGAAUCAGAAUGAAAAGACAUUCGGCCUUCCAGCAGAGGAGGUCUUCCAAGCCAUUUACAGAUCAGAAGAGGAGAUGCUGAAAUUCAUGGGUCUGAUGAACUCGUCAUGGGUUCUGGAUGGACAUGACAUUGUGACAGCGUUCAAUCUCUCCGGCUUCCAGAACAUAGUAGAUCUUGGAGGUUGCACUGGUGCUUUGGCACGUGAGAUGGCAAAGGCGUAUCCCUCAUCCACCGUCACAGUGUUUGAUCUCCAGCAGGUCGUGGAAACAGCUCAGAAGCAUUUCUCUCAGGAGAAUGAUAUCAUUGUAUUUCAGUCCGGAGAUUUCUUCACUGGUGAAAUCCCCACUGCAGACUUGUACGUUCUGGCCAGAAUCAUUCAUGACUGGCCUGAAGAGAAGUGCCUGACGCUGCUGAAGAAGAUCUAUGACAUGUGUGCACCAGGCAGCGGCAUCCUGCUGGUGGAAGCGAUGCUGUUUGAGAACAGACGAGGGCCCGUCAUGACUCAGCUUUUCUCCCUCAACAUGCUGGUGCAGACGGAGGGCAGGGAGCGCCCACCGUCCGAGUACACACGCAUGUUCAACAAGACCGGCUUCCAGAACAUUCAAGUCUGCCGCACGGGCAAGUCCUAUGAUGCCAUAUUGGCCAUCAGAUGAGCUCAGACCGAGAGCGGGAUGUUUAGGAAGCAUCUAUCAAAAGUCUGGGAAAUUAGAGAAAGGUUAAGCGGAAACUUCAAGGCCUCGAUAAGGAACAGAUGUCAACAUCAAACUGUAAACUUUGGGGAGAAAAAAAAAGUUGUCUACAUGGAUCUCCAGUUUAUGUUGUUGUCAACCCCAAUUAUGUUUUUAAAAUUUUGCUUCCAGUUCACUGACACAGUCUUUCGACCACACCUCUGGAUAGAGGUUGCUGCUGUGAUAGAUAAUAUCUUUUAGUCAUACUUGCGUCUAUAAGUAAUGUUCUCACCUUACACCAAACAAGCAAAAUAAGAUCCAAGAAUGGGUUCAGAUUAAAAAACGAAUUUAAUAGUUGAUGAAGAUUUCCUCUCGAUACCACUCUUAUGGUUGUAUGCUAAAUAUGAAGCUGCUACCACCAGCAGACGCUUGUUAACUUAACAUUAAGCUAAGCUAAGCUAACAAGGAACUGUUUAGCAUAGUUAGCAUAAAGACAAAACUAGGUUAACCUGCAGAUAUGUUUAAUUUACCUUUAACUAAAUAAAUACACUAAGCUAAGCAGCAGCUGGUUAGCUCAGUGUUGAGGUUUCUGACAUGAAGUCAUUGCUCAAGAGUUGUUCACCAUAUUGAAGAUGACACAACAAGCGUUUGCAUAAGAAGUGUGUGUUCCCCAAUGGGUUGGCAGUGGUUCCUGGUGGUUGUUGGCUCUCGCUGGGUGAAAAUGGUUGCAAAAUAUGUGCAGGACCAAAAUCAUCCUUGCUUUGGUUGCUAGCACAUUGCUUGUAGUUUUUCGUGGUUGUCUGCAACUACUCAUUAACUACUAGCUGAGAACUAGUACGUUUUUACAAUUUGUAAAAAUGUUACGCAAACUAGAAAUGGAGAAGCCGUGCCUUAACAACGGAGCCAAACAUGUUUCACAAGUUGCAACUUUUACUUUGAAGGCAAAGAGUCUUUAUUUCCAGUUUGUGUUGCACUUUUUGCAGUUUCACUAAAGUUCGGAGAGUGGCUGGGAAGUGUUUAUAGUCAACUCUGUCACUUCCAGUCAAACUAGGACAGCAGCAACAUGUUAGCAACCAGAGCAAUCACAGAGAGGUUUUCACCAGUUGGUUGAACUUGUACCAAUGGCUUUUAGAAGCUCCUUGUCUACGUCCCAGCAACUACUAUCAACUUCAAGCAACUGGUUGGGGUAUACUCACUUCCCUCAGAGUCAGUGGUUGCCAGAUGGUCACAGACCACUUGAUUGGCUUGUGUGACUGGGGCUUUAUUUACUUGAUCCUACAUUAUCACUGUGAUCAUCACACAUCCAAAUUGGUGGACGAGUUAAUGUCAACACUGACGCUUGCUUUCCUACAAAACCACACCUGUGCAUCUUUAAAGUUCUCCAGCUUCUACCUUUAAAAAGAUAAGUAGCUGUUUUAAUGGUUCCCUGGUCUAGUAAGUCUUUAACUAUAGUUUAAACUAGGCUAACCAGCUGCUGCUUGUAGUGUGUUAUUUUAUAGAGACACCUGAAAGUGGGCUCAGCCAUCAAAUCUGUACCUAAUGCUCUGUAAAAAAACAACAAAUAAUCAGUUAUUUCAUAUGUGUUUCAAUGAUAAACAAGCACUGACACGGACACAGUGUGAAGCUGAUAAAAAUGUUUACUGAAAAAAUCAUGUUACAGUAACAGUACAAUUAGUCAGAACAAUGUUUUUAUUAUCAGUUUGGCACAGCCAUCUAUGGAUUUAGUGACCAUGUAUCUACAGAUUUAGUAUAGCUUUUUAUGACUAUUUUUAUGCCUAUUCAACCAGAAUAUUAGACCAGUAUAUCAUAGUGGGCACUGUAUAUGCACCCCAAAACCUUUUUAAACAUUUUUGCACAAAGUUAUUUUUAUAAUUUUGAAUUACAUCCAUACCUCAGAUAUAAUCUGAUCAUAAACAGCUUUUAACCAGAUAAAGAAAAAAGUCAUUUUUCACACUGUUGGGAAAACUGAGCCUAUAAUAUUUGUUCAUGCAAAAAUCAGACUGUAAACCUGCUGCCAUCAUUGCUUUCAUUGUUCUACACAAGAUUUUCUCAGUUGUGUCUAUCUUGUAACGUGUCUGUCAUUUCUCAGUCUCUGUAGAAAAGUCAGUUUUGUCUGUCUUGUAGAUCUUACCAAGUCUGUGCUCGAUGUGUGUCUUCAUGUAUUUAAUGAUUCUGUUUCACUCACAUGAAGACACAUCAGACUAAAAAGAAGUGAAGUUCAAAUAGGAUAAAUACUGACCUUUAAACUUAAAAAAAGUGAUGUGAAGUGUGUAAACGUGUGCGUGUUCCCAGCUUUCCUGUUCACUGUGACGAGUGGAAGAUGAGACUCAACUGGAUUUAACCCUUUAUGAUCACCUCAGUUUACCUUCAUCAUUCCUCUGCUGCUAUUAUGAAGUUCUCACUGUGUUUGCUGGUUGAAGAAAAAAGAAUCACUUGGGGGCUGUUUAAAAAACCCUCUUUGUUGAUGUCUGGUGCAUUUUGUCGUUUUAUAUGUUUUAUUUUUUUAUGAUGUUAGUUAGCGAGGCUUCAGGAACUGAAGCUCUUGUUCACACCAGAAGCCGACUCGCAUCAAACCGGCUCCUCAUAGCUGCUGAUAAGUUCACACGUGAAUUAAAACGUGUUAAUGGAGCUGUGAGAUUAUGUUUUAUUAGCAUGUGUGUCACCGAUGACAUGUAAAUGUAGAAUAACAACAGGUGCAAUAGAAAUGGAGCAUAUGAGUCAUCGGACCCUCCUCCUCCUGCUCAUUCCAGUAAGCAUGCAUCCUUCAGACACACAUCUUGGAUAUUCUGUACAAAAAGUUCAUUUGAACAAAAAAUAUUAUGUUUAUAAUUUUUUGUAUUAAAAGUCUUGCAUGUAAACACAGCCACAGGGUGUUGGGAGUUUGGCCUUGUAGCUGAUACUGUGACAGUUCUUUACUCUUAAAUAUUUUUAGAAGACUUUUUUUUACAGCCUCCCUGAAUUUGUGCCUGGAGAUUACACAGUUUACACAUUAGUUAUUGUAUUAUUAUUUUUGUGUUGAAUUGUUCUUUGUUAUCAAAGCAGCAAUUUUAAGAAGUCAUAUUCAAUAUGUAAUGUGAUCAUUUGUCUCAGUUUCUCCUGGCAAAAAUUACGAGGAUCCAAGAAUUAUAGAUAAUGAGUCUUACAGUUUUUUUUAAUUUAUAAUCUGGUGUAUCCAUAAACAAAUUGAUAAAAUACUUCAUUUCACUGA